AUAGCACGAAGAGGCGGAAAAAGAUCGUUCGAGAGCCUCGGAAAACUCGUACAAUCGCUAUCAUUCGGUACCGUCGACAGCACUUCUGUUGCAUGUAUAAGUCGGUACUCGUAAAAAGCCGAUUUGCGCUCGAUCUCGCGCAGUAAUAGGUCUGAUUUUUAUUCCUGCACUAAAAAUCUCUUUUUCGUUUUCGUCAAAUAUCAAAUAUAUCUCUAUCUUACUUUAAAUUUCAAAACUAUAUAUUAAUUCAGCCACAGAAGAUAAACUUAGAGUCGUUUUCGACACGACAUCGAAAGACAAGUCGCGACGGAUCAGCAGAUCGGAAUUCUCGCAGCACGAUACGUUAAAAGAGGGCACGCAAAAUCGAAUGACGAAAAAUCCGCGUCGCACAUCGAUCCGUCGGAGAAGAUACGCGUGCGAGACAAGACUCGAUCGAUCGUGAAAGUGAUCGCGAUGCGCGAGAUCGACGUACGGUGAAUUACGAAAAUCGAAACCAAAACGUAACGUGCGAAAAGAGGAGACGUAAGAUAUCGGAUGAACUGGAAAAACAGACUGCGCCGAGUGGAAGAGGAUGCCGAUGUCGACGGGAACGGUGAAGAGAACGACGACGACGACGACGACGACGACGGUGACGACGACGAUGACGAGGAUGACGAUUACAAUUGCGAGGGAGUCUUGAAUGCUGGACUUGCGGAAUUUCGAGUACUGCGAAGAAACUCUGCCGAGUACGCUUUAGACGCAAAAACUACUAACAAAACUGAAAGACGGUGGCGAGCAGGAAAGUGAGAUCGGAGAGAUUUUCCCGCCGAAAAUCUCACGUCACCUACAACCUCCGUUUUUCAGUUUUCUCUCCGAAAAUUCGCUUUGAAUCCUACUGCUGUCGCUAUCGGGCUAUCUUGCUGUUGCUGCUGCUGUUCUGUCGUCCCGGCUUCCUCGACGAACAUGCCGAGAGUGUCGACGUAGCUACCUCGAAAACCGACGAGGUAUCGAGGAUCGACCGUAGACAAUCCGUAGCAGGGUCGUGCGGAACGAUCGAUCGAAUAGGUGCCAAAGGGAGAACGGGGACGGGGGACAAAGGUGGUGGUGUACGGGGAAAUAGCAGGAGGGUUGGUGUGAGGUUUUGGGAUGCGGAGGAGGAGGAGGAGAAGGAGGAAGAGGAGGAAGAGGGCGGGAUGGUGAUGGUAGUGGUGAUUAGUUACAGUGUUUUGGAAAACAAUGCGCAGAAUUUCGACGACGAUAAAUAAUAAAAGACAAAUAAAGUGUAUCGGGGAACGGUGAAGUGAACGUGUGUAUCAAUAAAUAAUCUGACGGCAUAUGUAUUGUACGUUGUGCGCCGAGAAUAAAAGCGAGAUGAAUUUGGAAAAAAAAAAUAUCCCAUGUUCCGGAAAUAUCAUUUUGCGCGUGCACGCUUCUUCUUUGUCAAUCCGCUUUUCACA